AUUUGCUGACUUUGCUUUCUUCUUUCCAAGGUUGAAUAUUCCCCCAUUUUCCGGCUGAUUCUUCUUUUUGUAUGUAUAUGGAGCAGGAAGGAGGAGAAGCGGCUGCAGCUGCAGCUGCAGCUGCAGCUGCAAGCAACAGGGUUGGGAGAACAACGCUCCUGAGAAAGGAGUGUACUUUGAAUUCAGAUGGGAAUAUUAGGACGGAAUUACCAAGAACACAUGAAUCGGUUAGAAGCAAGUGGGGUGUGAAUUUGCCGCAUUGUUAUGCGGUUGCUGAUCCGGGUAAGGACUUGAGCAAACAUGUAACUUCUGUGACAGGAUCUGCACCUCCUUGUCCUAGUAGUUCUUCUACUAUGAAUCACACUGAGGCUGAGAUUGUGGUUAAAGAGAAAACUGCGGAAAAUUUUAGGAACCAAAAAUUGAUUUUAUCAAAUAAUAGCCAUUGCAGCUCUAGGCAGGGUCAAAUUGGAUUUCAGUAUCGUUCAGAAAUUGCGUCUAGAUUUAAGGCUUUGCAUGGAGACUUGGUGUCUAAAAACAUGCAGUUAGCAGCGAUGACUACUUGGAAACAGAAUUUGAAUCCUUUGUUCAUCAGGGGAAUAUAUCAAAAGCCAGGAGGAAUUUCUGCGUGUUUGAAGGAUGAGGGUAGUAAUACUCCUACUCUCCCAACAAAUGUAUUGCCUAUUGGGACUACUCAAUUGAAAAACUCACCCACAUCAGGCUUCUCUCAAUUAUUUUUGAAGAAAUGUUUGAAAGGAAAGGGCACUAUCAACACAGAACCAGAAACUAAUUGCCCGAGUUCUAAAAAUGAGCUGCUUUAUUCGGAUGGCCUUGAUAGGUCUGCCGAUGAAUCUUUCUGCAAUGGCAUCAAUCUGAGGGAGUUGCUCAAUUCUAGUAGUUCUAGAAGAGAUAAAGCUGAAAGCCUGUUUUUAUUUAGGCUGAUUGUGGAGUUUGUGGACUCCGCACACUCUCAAGGAGUUGUAUUGCAAGACUUAAGAGCAUCCUGUUUCAAGGUAUUGCCAUCAGACAGGAUUAUAUAUACCGGUUCAUCUGCCAAUUUUGAGUUGAAUAGGAAGAGGCCACUGGAAGAAGAUAUGCAUUCUAACAGUGAUUUGGGUGCAAAUCAGCUAAAGCUCAACCAGGACAUGCACUCUCUUGGUUUACCCUCCAGUUGUGCUUUCAAGGCCAAGGUAGGAAGUAAGAUCUGCACUCAUGUAACUGGUCCACAGCAUCCUAACUGUGCUCAGAACCAGCCUCGAAAUUUCAGUUAUCCAAGCACGUCUGUUACAAGACUACAACCAUCUGUUUCUGCCACUGUGGAAUUGGAAAAGAAGUGGUAUGCUUCUCCGGAGGAGCUAAAUGGUAGAGGCUUUACAUUUUUAUCCAAUGUCUAUGGUCUGGGGGUUCUACUCUUUGAGUUAUUAUGCUGUUUUGAAUCAUGGGAAGUGCAUUCUCAAGCAAUGCUGGAUUUGCACUAUCGGAUCCUUCCACCAAAUUUUCUAUCGGGAAAUCCUGAGGAAGCUGGCUUCUGUCUUUGGCUUCUUCAUCCUGAACCUUCGUCUCGUCCAACAACUAGGGAAAUCCUGCAGUCUGAUUUCAUAUGCAAAUCCCAAGACUCAGUUUGUCAGGAUGACUUGUCAGCAUUUACUUCUGAUGAUAGUUCUGAACCAGCACUAUUACUGCAUUUUCUUACCACAUUGGAGGAACAAAAAAUGAAGGAUGCCUCCAAGUUGGUUUACCAUAUUUCUUUCUUAGAAGAAGAUAUAAAAGACGUUGAGAGGGGGCACCUAUUAAGGACAGCUGCAGAUUUUUCUCACUUAAAAUAUAAACACUCUGAUGCAAAAUGGUUUGAUGAUUCCCAAAGUUCCAUUGCUCAUUUUGACUCAACUGUGGAGUCACAUAUGAAUAAUGGAUCGUUGAUGAGGAAUAUUAGUAAGCUUGAGGAUGCUUACUUCUCCAUGAGAUCCCAAAUACAUCGCACUAAAACUGAUGAUGCAGCAUGUUUUGGUAAAGGCUCACAAAAAAAGGGUGACAAAUGGUCUGAAGCACAAAGUGAGACUGGGGGGCUGAGCAUGGAUCAGAAACCUAUGAAGCCUCUAGGAGCCUUUUUUGAAGGUUUGUGCAAGUUUGCUCGCUAUAGCAAGUUUGAAGUAUGUGGUGCCAUAAGAAAUGGGGACCUUCUGAACUCUCCAAAUGUAAUCUGCAGUAUCAGUUUGGACCGUGAUGAGGACUUUAUUGCUGCGGCUGGGAUAUCAAAGAAAAUAAAGAUUUUUGAGUUUGGUGCAUUUAUAAAGGACUCUAUUGAUAUCCACUAUCCUGUAGUUGAGAUGUCAAACAAAUCUAAGCUUAGCUGUGUUUGCUGGAACAACUACAUAAGGAACUAUUUGGCUUCAACUGAUUACGAUGGUGUUGUUCAGAUGUGGGAUACAGGCACUGGAAGAGGAUUCUGUCAAUACCUAGAGCACCAAAAAAGAGCUUGGUCUGUUGAUUUUUCUCAAGCUGACCCAACAAGAUUUGCUAGUGGAAGUGAUGAUUGUUCUGUGAAGCUCUGGAGCAUUAAUGAUAGAAAUUCUCUUGGAACCAUAUGGAGCCAUGCAAAUGUCUGCUGUCUUCAGUUCUCUACUUUCUCUUCUCAUUUAUUGGCUUUUGGAUCAGCUGAUUAUAAGGUGAACUGUUAUGAUCUGCGGCAUGUGAGAAUCCCUUUGUGCACAUUAUCUGGCCAUGAAAAAGCUAUUAGCUAUGUGAAGUUUUUAGAUUCCAGAACCCUCGUUUCUGCAUCCACGGACAACACUCUAAAGCUUUGGGAUCUCAAUAAAACUAGUUCAGCUGGAUCGUCCUCCAAUGCUUGUUGCCUUACCUUCAGUGGUCAUACAAAUGAGAAGAAUUUUGUGGGUUUAUCUGCUUUGGAUGGAUAUAUUGCCUGUGGUUCAGAAACUAAUGAGGUCUUUUGUUAUUAUAAAUCUUUGCCAAUGCCAAUAACUUCUCAUAAGUUUGGGGGUGUUAAUGAGGUCGUUGAUGAUAAUGGACAGUUUGUUUCAAGUGUCUGUUGGAGACGAAAGUCAAACAUGCUUGUUGCUGCUAACUCAGCUGGAAGUAUUGAACUAUUGAAAAUGGUUUAAUGAAAGCUUUAUCCUAAAAUUGGCUCCGCCUCUCAAUGUUCACUCAUCUUAUUAGCUUCCCAGUUCCAAAAGAUUUGUUGUUUGCAUUUUGAGAAAGUACUGAAUGGGAACUGGGAAUGAGAAAACACAGAGGCUGAAGAGUAAAGAGAAAGAGAAUGGAACUCUUGUGGAUCUUCCUCACAGCUACCAUUUGGGACUUUCUUCAGUUUCAUGGUGCUGCAUGGGGGCAAAGAUACAAUUCUCCUGUUAUUUCUUGCCUUUAGUGCUUAGUUACUUUUGAACACGAGACCAUUCCCUCAAGAAAGUUGGAACUAAUGGAAUCAACCAGACAUGUCCGUGACUGUUGCAGAACAAGAUGGACAUGCUUCGACUUCAACUAGGACUGUACUUUAAGAUGAAGUAUCUUUAUGAUUCAUUUUUGUAUCCCUUCUAGACAAGUUGACUGUAUAAUUGGCCAAAUUGGGUGGGCUUAAGUUUGAAAGAUGAAUGUGUUUGGAUAUCAAGAUGGUUUUUGUUGCAAUCCUGCAUCAGUAAAAUGUUCUACACUGAUACCAGAAGAAGAAUGUGAUUGCUUGGAACUUCAGAAAGGACACUCAAGGCCGACUGUCAAAGUUCCUCAUGGACAUCCUAGGGCUGAGGCAUUUCAGUGUAUAAGGUACUUGCCUUUGCAGAGCUAGAAUUUUUUCAUUAACCUUUCUGACCAAUUCUAUAAAGUUUCCAAUUAAAAGUGAUCUACUUGUUGAAUGUGUGGAACCUUUGUGCCAUUCUGUAGAAAAUCUAGUGAAUGCAUCAAGUCUGACAUUUUUUUUAUAACAGUUCUUUUGAUUAAAUAUUAUUGUUGGAACACUUUGUUAUUACUCACUCGAGUAAUGCAUCACUUCAUGUAUUUAGCAGCCACAUCAUUAGACCAUCUUUCCAAUGAUUUUAUUGCCUUUGGCCAGAAUGACAAGUUCUAUAAACUAUAGACUAAUUGAAGUUAAAUAAAGAUGCAUAUUAUCC